GCUGUACAGAAUUGAACUCUUUGCUGCUUCUUUGCUUCAUCGAAAAAUUUGGAAAGUUUUAUGGUGUUCUAUAUAUAAGGGAAUCCUGUUAGCAUGCAAGGCAUAACUUUUGUAAAGGAAUACAUAAAUUUUGGAAUUGGAUGACUUCUCUUAAUGUGGUCUAUUUGUGCAGGAAGCUGUAAUUGCUUGAGAUUAGCUUGCCAGAGAAUGAAUGAACAUCAUUAACACAGUAAUGUUAGCAUUACAGAGUAUGGAUGACAGCAUGCACAAAGUUAAGGAGCUUGACAAUUCGAGGAAAGUGGAGAAUUUCCAUAAAAGCUACUUUUGAAAAACAAUGUGAAUCUUUUUCUUUACUUAAAAGUAUAGUGGAGAUAAAAAGAAAAAAAGUGUUGGCCCAGCCACCUCUUUAGAAGGUCCAUUAAUAUUUGCUCUUUGCCAGAAGUGGCCUCUUCUAUCAUAACGACUCUUGAAAAUUUACACUUUCCUCCCACAGAUAUGGUAAAUUGGGGAUUGCUUUGGCAAUUUCAGUAUUUAAUGUAAGAUCUUCCAUUCCCUUAUUUUAUAUAUAAUGCAGUUAUAACGUGCAACAACUCUUUAAGGCAGCCUUAAGAAAUUCAUUGUAGUAAAACAAAAUGUCUUAGAUUUUAAGGGAAUCCUGCAUAAAAAAGUAGGCACUGUUGAGGUGGUUACAUAAACAUGAAAUCAAUGCAUGGAAAAUGAUAAGAAGAAAGGAGGAAAAAGUUGAAAGUUUCGAAUAUGUUAAAAUUGUAGCUUAACUCAGCUCUUAUAAUCGCAGGCAUCAACAGUAAUUCCAUGGCUUAAAAGGUCCGAAGAAAACUCACUUUUUAUUUUAUAACUUCAAAAUGGCUGGAUAAAGAGAACUAGGUUCUCUACAUGAGAAGUAUGCAAUCUUGAUUGCCGCAGGAUUUCUCACAAGUGUUCUAGAGAGGCUUAUUUGUAGCACUGGAGAUCUGCAAAUCUCAGCAGUUUUUUUUUUGAAGAUAUCUAAGCAGCUAUUCUAUUGGCAUAUGUCAACUGCCCAAAAAUCAAAGUGCUUGCUGUGACGGUACCUGCAAUUUGUUUUGUUUGAGCCUGAGCAAGUUUGGUGCGAUUCCAGAGAAGCCAUGUUUACAACUGAACAAGUGCACAACACCAAAGAUAAUUACAUCUGCUGCUGCUGCUAAGGUUUUGGGCCAUUGCGGAUCCAGCCAAAAUGGACGAGGAGAUUUCAUCUAUUCGGGAACGUCAAUCAAAAAUGUCUCAUCCUGUACUUAACUGUGAAAAGAAGGAGAAUUUUGUCCAGGCAGGCGACAUCCUUUCUCAAGUUUCACAAACGCAUGAUGUAAUCCUGACGCUAGACAAAACAAUCUCCUCAUUGGAAAUGCAGCUUGCUGCUGCAAGAGCUGUCAAAGGCAACAGUGAGGAAGGAUCUCCAGUAGGCACCAAAUCUGCAACUGAGCCCUUGAAAGAGAGGCAGAAAGUUUUCUUUGUUAUGGGUAUAAUAACAGCAUUCAGUAGCAGAAAACGAAGGGAUUCGAUUAGAAAAACAUGGAUGCCUAAAGGAGAGGAAUUAAGGAAGUUGGAAACAGAGAAGGGUAUCAUAAUACGAUUUGUAAUUGGACACAGUGCAUCACCAGGUGGUGUUCUUGAUCGUGCUAUUGAUGCAGAAGAGGAGCAGCAUAAGGAUUUCCUGCGGUUGAAUCAUGUUGAAGGAUACCAUGAACUGUCAUCAAAAACACAAAUAUACUUUUCAACGGCAGUCUCUAGGUGGGAUGCUGAUUUCUAUAUGAAAGUUGACGAUGAUGUACACAUAAAUAUUGGUAUGGUUGGCUCUACUCUGGCUCGCCAUAGGUCAAAACCCCGAGUUUAUAUGGGCUGUAUGAAAUCUGGACCGGUCCUGUCUCAAAAAGGCGUCAAGUACCAGGAACCAGAAUACUGGAAAUUUGGGGAGGAGGGAAAUAAAUAUUUUAGGCAUGCAAGCGGGCAAAUAUAUGUGAUUUCCAAAGAUUUGGCCACCUAUAUUUCAGUAAAUAGGAACAUACUUCAUAGAUAUGCAAAUGAAGAUGUCUCGCUAGGAUCUUGGUUUAUUGGUCUUGAUGUGGAGCACAUUGAUGAUCGAAGCCUCUGCUGUGGAACACCGCCUGACUGUGAGUGGAAGGCUCAAGCGGGGAAUCCUUGCGCAGCAUCGUUUGACUGGACAUGCAGCGGGAUUUGCAAGUCGGUGGAGAGAAUGGAGGAAGUACAUGAGCGGUGUGGGGAAGGUGAUGGAGCAAUGUGGCACACAAGUUUCUGAAACUUAAUCUCAGCACUCAUCACUGUUUGUAAUAUAGUUGUAUCAGUGUAAUGAAGAAUUGUGUUUCUAGCAUCACCAUCUGCCCGAGUUUUGCCAUUGAAUGCCCUGGGAUAGAUGGAAUUAAAUGAGUGCAUAUACAGAUUAGUAGGAAGGCAAACAGAAUAGAAUAGCUGGAUAUUCCCUUUGUUGGGUAAAUAUGAAGCGAAAUGUGACCAUAAAUGCGAUGCCUUGGGAUGCGUGACCGAUGGAAUCUGAACAAGAAAAGGCAAUCCCCAUUACCUUAAUAUUAUAUGGGUCCCAACCCCAUUUCCAUGA